UAAAAAAAAUUAAAAAUUAAAAAAAGAUGAGCACGUGACCCCAAAGUGCCAUCCUCCCAAUAUCCAGCAGAGAGGCUUGGCCAGCCCGCCAUUGGCCCACCCCUCUGCACAGCGUUAGCCAGUGAAAGCGGUGGUGUGGAACGCGGGCGGUUUCCAUGGGAGCGCUGGAAGAAGGAGGGGGCAGAGGUUACCCAGCAACCGGGAGAUGCUGCGAGGCCCCGCCAAGCGGUCGGAAAGUGCAUUCUCCCAGAACCCGGGGAACCCGCGCUGACGGAUCCAGGACAGGAGCAAUUUUACACCCCAAUCCCCAGGGACCCUAGGCUCCAACCCAGUCAUGACUUCUCCCCUGUGCUGGGCGGCCUCCACCAACAUCCCGACUUCUCAGGACCAGGUUUCGACCUCCGCCAAGGUCAAAGGCAGUCAGACUAAGGCUCAGCACCACCACUCCCAAGUGAAGGGUGUGGCCCAGGCCUGGCUCCCACUGCAUUCCAAGGCUGGACACGUCCAUGCUCGAAAGGGGAAGUCCGCUGUGCACACGCAGGUGGCAGAGUUACAAAGGAAGAUACAACUGUUAGAGGGUGACCGGAAGGCCUUUUACGAGAGCACCCAGUGGAACAUCAAGAAGAAUCAGGAUACCAUCAACCAGCUCCAUGAGGAGACCAGGGUGCUGCACGUACAGCUGACAAACCUGCUCCAGGGAGAUGAGAAAGUGGUCCAGGCAGUGAUUCGGGAGUGGAAGUCAGAGAAGCCAUACCUGAAGAACAGGACAGGACAGCAGGCCCUGCAGCACCUGGACCACCGGCUGAGUGAGAAGGUGAAGCAGCUGAAUUUGCUGCGGCACCAGGUGGGGGUGCGGCGGAAGUGGCUCGAUGAGCUCCAGCUGCAGCACAGCCUCCGCGAGCUGGAGAUGGCCGAAGCGCGAAAUGGCAACACAGAGGUGGCCAAGACCAUGCGGAACCUGGAGAACCGCCUGGAGAAGGCCCGGAUGAAGGCGGAAGAGGCCGAACACAUUACCAAUGUGUACCUGCAGCUCAAGGCCUAUCUCCAGGAGGAGAGCCUUCACUUGGAAAACCGGCUGGACUUCAUGGAGGCUGAGGUGGUGAGGGCAAAACGCGAGCUAGAGGAGCUGCAAGUGGUGAACCAGGAGGCGUUAAACGCCCAGGAUAUCGCCAAGAACCAGCUGCAGUAUCUGGAGGAGACCGUGUUCCGAGAGCGCAAGAAGCGUGAGCGCUACAUAACCGAGUGCAAGAAGCGCGCGGAAGAGAGGAAGCUGCAGAACGAACGCAUGGAGCGCAAGACCCAGCGUGAGCACGUGCUGCUGCAGUCCGAAGAUUCGACCCAGGACAACGUGCGCGCCAAAGAGGAGGAGCUGAGGCGGCGCUGGAGCAUGUACCAGACUGAGAUGCUUUUUGGCAAGGUCAAGGACGCCACGGGCGUUGCCGAAACCCACGCGGUGGUGAGGCGGUUCCUGGCACAGGGCGACACCUUCACGCAUUUGGAGACGCUCAAGAGCGCUAAUGAGCAGUCGCUGCUCAGGCUGAAGCAAGAGAAGCAGCGGUUGCAGCGAGAGCUGGAAGACCUCAAGUACUCAGGGGAGGCCACGAUUGUGAGUCAGCAGAAGCUGCAAGCUGAGUUGCAGGAGCGCCUUAAGGUGGAAGAGCAGCGGCGUAUUGAGGCACAGGAUCAGCUGGAACGUGCCACGCGGGCGAUACAAAUGACCAAGGAGGGCCUUGAACACCUGGCGGGCAAGCUGAACCACAUCACACUGGUGGACGGCCGCUUCGCCGGAAAGGUGCUGGAUCCCCAGGCAGCUGACUAUCUGCCAGACCUGCUGGGCCUCGUGGAAGAAAAGCUGCUGAAGCUGCAGGCACAACUCGAAAGCCACGACGUGCCGGCGAUGCUGCGCCAUCUCGCCGACCAGGAGUUCUACUCCACCCUGGAGGGCAAGCUGCCAGUGCACAACACCCGCAUCGCCCUGCCCCUUGCCAGUCUCAAGGACAAGUUCUUCGACGAAGAGGAGAGUGAGGACGAAGACAACGACGUGGUGAGCCGUGCGGCGCUUAAGAUUCGUUCCCAGAAAUUAAUCGAAUCCCGCAGCAAGAAACGCAGUCGCUCGAAAAAGACCUAGACUCACCCUUGCGUCCACCUGGCGCUUCCGGGCCCCUGCGGAGCUCCCAACCUCUCUGGGUCCAGCCUCAGGCUCACGGGCCCCUUCAAGGGCUAAACGCAGGCGGGACAAGGGAGCAGAACGGGCGGUGGCGCCCGGAGUAGAGAAGGGGGCCGGGCCACCGGAUGUUCCCACGGUAAAUCUACCAAGGCGAGCCUGUGCUGGCCUCAGAAUCGCGCAAUAAAGAUCACCAACCAGC